AAUAGCCCUGGGCUCCCCAGGCUGCUGAGUCCAGCUGCUAACUUCUCAUUGUUUGCUAAAGCUGAACUCAAAGCAACAUCAACCAUGAGACUGUCCCUGUGUGUCCUGCUGAUCACUCUGGCCCUUUGCAGCUAUGAGGCAAAUGCAACAGUCUGUCCAGCUGUUAUGUAUGAACUUAGAAGCUUCGUUUUGGAUCCUGUAAGCCUCUACAGUAGAUAUCUUCUGAAAUUUCUUCCACCUAGAGAAGCUGUUGAGACCGCGGUAAAAGUGAAACAAUGUAACGACCUUAUGCCCAGACAGGAUAGACAGAAGAUUUUCAAUGUUGUGGAAGAUGUAGUGUCCCAAUGUAACAGCUAAACAUUAAAAAUCUCAUACAUGAGUGCCUCUGUCAUUCAAGGAUGACCUGAUUACCCCCGGAAAACGUGAAGGUUUCAACGUCUUGCUUCAAUAAAGUACUUGCCCUGCACUU